AUGUUGCUAGUAGCCAGUGAGUCACUCGUCGGGGCACAACAAAAACAGCUACAGCUCACAGCUGAUGACUUUCAGAGAAUCAAUGCAAGAAAUGACCAGUUGGUUAAGGUAUAAGACAUAUUCAUGUACCUGUUGCAAAAUAUGGAAAAAAUGUCCCACUUGCUUCUCCCAUCUCCCUGGAAAUUUUUAACCACUGAGGAAUCGUGUGAAGACGGAAGAGGCAGGCUGCUAGAGGGGUCUUGGGGUAAUCUAUCCCAGAAAAUUUUGAAAUCUUCAUGCUCUGUAACACCUGAGGGGAAAAUUUUUGUCUAAAAUGCUCACUAAAUUUGAAUGUCAUUUUUAUGCUUAUCUUGGCGAACAAGUACUUGAUUUUAUUUUAAAGUUUGUGCAUUUUUUUAAAAAGUUUUCUGGAUCCUUUUCAUUUAAGUAUACUCUGUUAGGUGUUCUUGUAUACAUGUAAGUAUCAUCAUAAGAAUAAUAUUGAUUUGCAAAUAUCAGAUUAUAUGUCAAAUUGGGAUUUUCUUAUUGCGAUUGCAUAUUGCUCAUGAUUCAGGAUUUUCAAGGAAAAUUGGAAUUCAUUUGGGAUGGUUCUAAAAACAGUUUGAAUGUCUUAUUAUUUUUCUGUCAUGGGAAUUUAUUAUUCUGUACCUGCCUACACUUAUACAUUUUUGCUGUGAGGCACAUGAAUUCUGUUCUAAAUUGAAUGGACAAGUGAAAUUUUGGGGGGCAUUCAAAUUUCAGAAGAACUGUAAUCUAUGCUCAUCAAGAAAUUUUGGGGGCUAGCUGAAAUGACUCUUGGGCUACCUGCUUAUUUGAAUGGCUGCAUUUUGAAAGUUUUUGUUGUCCUGUAUCAGAAAAUUGUCUAGGACUUUGUUUGCACAAAUUUCCCAUUAUCCAUGGAGGAUAAUCAGGAAAAACUAUUUAUUAAAAGAAAGGAAAGUACAAUGUCUGCACUUAAACUAGAAUUGCGGGUAGGGCCAAGCCUAGGUGAAAUGUAGGUGUGUAAUGUGGAAAGUAAAAAUAAUAGUGUAGCUGUCAAUGGUUUUACUGAUAUUUCCAUUAUGGCUACUAUGAUAAAAGUGUCUUUUAUAUAUUCAUCUUACCAGGAGUUUGAGACUCUUCAGAGUGGAUUGAAAAAGAAAUCAUCUAUGUCAUCAUCAUCUGGUGAAGCUGAAUUUAUUGGCCUUCAGGUGAGAGAAAUGUUUGAGGCUGAUUUUCAGAAGUGGUGAAGUGGUAUUCAGAGUUGUAAUUGAAGCUCUAUAAAGAGUGCCUAAGACCCUUUGAAAAUCAAAAAUCAGAGUUGUAUUAUGCAGAAUCAUUAGCCCCACAGACUAUAAGAAGAAGAGAAUCAGAAUGUCUCCAUUUUCUCUCAUUGUGCCCUUUGAGUCUCUGACUCAUGAGAAUAGCAGAUUGUUUGUAUCUCUUUAAGUAUAACAUGUGGAAAAGAUUAUUAUUACUAUUCAUUCAAAAUAUUUCUCUGUUUCUUAUUUGCUCAACUACGCUGGCUAAUUCUUCAAAACAUGCUAGUGUUGACCAAAUUUGGAAGAGAAUUAUGAUAUCUGAAAUGAGCCUAGGAUGCAGGGUAGCUGGAGAAUAAGGCAGUCAUCAACCAAGAAGCCCUGGUGACUUCAUUUUACUGUGGGCAACCCUUCAGAAGAGCAGGCCAGUCUGAUCUUUGGGUGAUUCCAUUCAUGUAAAGACUGUUGUUACACUUUACCGCAUACCUUUUCAUGCCGACACAAAAGACUGCCUGGUAUAAUAUUAUAUAGAUUUAGCCAGGGCUAAAAGCAAAGCUCUCGUUGAUAUACUUAUAAACAAAAGAAUAAAUUGUGUAAUGCUAAAAGGGGAUGGUAAUGAGAAUGGCAUCAAAAUCAAUAGAUCUAAUUAGCAAAAAAACAAAUUUGCUUGUGUAGCUCUAAUUAGCAAAAACAACAAAUUUGCACAUGUAGCACAUUUUUCUGUACAUUUCUUUGCCAUUGUUGUCGACUAAAACGUGAAACUUCCUACUUACAAGUCAUUUGUGUCAAGGAGGAAUUGUCGUAUGUACUCAACAAAAAUUUUGUUGCUUGUGUUCCGUUCCCUUUUAAUUUUUUCACUGCCGCUCAUUUUCACCUUGCUGGCCGCUAGCAUUUCUCAUUUUCUCACCGCUGCCAUGACAUUUUCAUGUUUUUCUUGCAAUGAAAUUCGUCUCCUUUGUUUGCAAUCACUCACUCUAACUCUUUCUCUGUUUCACGUGAGUGUACACAUCAAAAAUAAUGUCGAAGAAGACACGACUUUGUUGUUGUUUUUUCUCUCUAAAAGUCCUGGCGGUCAUGCGUUUUCCUGCCAAAUAAAACCUUGAGUUGCAUUUGGGUUGCCAUACCUGUUGUUUGAGUUUUUUUUACAUUGGCGUGCCUGUGCUGCGGACGGAUGGGCGGUCGGGCUGGUGGACGUAUGGUCAUGUGACUACCAAAGUUUCUCGGAUGCAUUGGUAACCGAGUUUUCUUACUCAUUGUGCUCCACUGCGCGUGCUUCGCGCGCGAAAGAGCUCCGCUAUGAACUACCUAUCCGAUAUGUCACUCUCCACUUUAGAAUUAGAUCUAUCGACGUUUUUCGCGCCUUAUCGCGUUCUUAUGUGUGAAUAGAAGCCCUAUGCGGUAUAGUUUUCCCGCCGGCGCGAAAGCUAUCUGAUAUAGUGCAUCACGGUAAGCGUUGCCUUAAUCUCGGUGACAUAGCCUUGUUAACAUUAGUUGCUCUUUUUGGGAAUUCCAGGAGAGUUACUGGAAAAUGGUUGAAGAGGAAUUUCCACGCUGGAUGGCAAGAAAUGAAUCUAGCAGCAAAAAAGAACACAAGAAAAGCCAUUGAUGCAGUUUGAAGCUCUUCAGUUUCUGAUGACUCUGGUAAGCGAACAGCUUUCCUCAGCAACCUUGAAACUAAUCGAUUGCGUUCCCGCUAAAACUCCUGAAAUUGCAUUUUCCUGUGGACAUCAAUCAUUUAUAGUGACGGCGGGAUUUACUAACUGGUCGCCUUUUGUGGUAGAAGCUUAAUUAGUUAUCGAAAAGGGGAAAACGAUGUAANCUGGUAAGCGAACAGCUUUCCUCAGCAACCUUGAAACUAAUCGAUUGCGUUCCCGCUAAAACUCCUGAAAUUGCAUUUUCCUGUGGACAUCAAUCAUUUAUAGUGACGGCGGGAUUUACUAACUGGUCGCCUUUUGUGGUAGAAGCUUAAUUAGUUAUCGAAAAGGGGAAAACGAUGUAAGAGCACAACUGACUACUGUCCCUGGGAGCUCCGAAGAUGGAUGAGAGGCGACUGUAUUCCCAGCCAGGCUGAGAACUACUGAUUAUUUGUUAUUUCAUGUAUAUAUGCCCCUACUGUAGGCUCAUGCUGUUCUCAUCAACACGUCUCAGUAUUGAGCUUACAAACACUGUUUAUUAGACUGCUUGCAGUCCGCCUUUUCUCUUAAAAUCCGUCUAGUUCUUGAUCUCAUCCAGCGCGAUUGCAAACCGCGUGCUUAGGUUUUGCGUUUAGUAACUUUGCAAAGAGAAAUAAGAGACUGCUCGCAGUCUACUGUUUAUGGACAUUUGAAGGACUUGAAGUACUGGCAUGAACGCUAUCAAUCGUGGGAACAGUCGGAACACUGUCGUUAGGUUCGUCAUUGAAGCUGUCUUAUACCUUUCGAAAUUUUACUUUAUCUGCCUUGGUAGUAGCCUCUCACGCAGACGUUCUUAGGGGUUCGUCACGCGUUCCUGCCCCACGAACGUGUACUGACUUGAGCGAAAAAAAACGUUUGAUGGGCAGGAACGCGCGACGAACCCCUAAGAACGUCUACGUGGGAGGGUUACCUAAGUUGGUAGGGGCUGUAAAAUCUUUUUGGCUACAUUUUUUGAAUGUGUUUUUGGGUGUCCGGGUCGUUUCGCAACAAAGUCGUUUCGUAGCAUAAUGAAGUCGAUUUGCCGCAAAAAAUUUUUCGUUUCGCUCCAUGCGAGAGUAAAUUCCCAUCAUAAUAAAAGUCUCUUCAUACCUUGAUUUAUGUUGUUGAUAUUUUUUGUUGGAAUCCUUUUUCCAAAAUCUUCGUCCCGAAAUCGCACACUAUACGGGUAAGAAACAAACCCAAUGGCUACCAACUUAACUUAAAUCAUGACCAACAAACACUUAUCUAGUUAUAAAUAUUGCUACCUUAUCUACCUAUAUCAACAAAAAUCGCUUGAACGAAAGAAAAAUUCGUCCACAAUGGUAUCCCGGCGAAAAGAAAUGGCUACCGAAAACUGCUCC